AUGGACACAGGUAAUAACAACAAUCUCCCCACUUUUCUAAAGUGCAACUUCCCUCCCUACGACAAGGACUUUAUCGGCGGCCUCGCUAUUGGGAGAUUUUCUGAUGGAAGAGUUCCAUCUGAUCUAAUUGAUAAUUUAGCAAUUUAUUUAGCUCAAUCUCAUAGAUAUGAUCGUACCUCAUAUGCCAAUUUCUUAGCUGACUCAGCAGUCAAAUUCGUAAGAGAAUUACACAAACUUGGAGCUCGAAAAAUUGGAGUCUUUAGCGCCAUGCCUGUUGGAUGUGUACCAAUACAAAGAACAGUGUUUGGAGGUAUAUUUAGAAGGGGAUGUGUUAAACCAUUAAAUAAUAUGGCAAAACAAUUCAACUCAAGACUUUUUCCGGCACUAGAUUCUUUAGAUAAAGAGUUGGAUGGUAUUAUCCUCGACAUUGAUGUUUAUGAUACUCUUUUUGACAUGAUCCAACACCCUAAGAAAUAUGGUUCUGAGGUAUCUGAUAAGGGAUGUUGCGGCGUGGGCUCUCUUGUAAUAUCUUAUAUGUGCAACACACUGAAUCCAGUCAAUUGUUAUAAUUCUUUGGCCUAUGUAUUUUGGGACAGCUACCAUCCGACUGAGAGAGCUUAUCAAAUGAUUGUUGAUAAAUUACUCAACAAAUAUUAA